AUGAUUACUCUAACUGAUAUACAGAAAACAGGUACACAUAAUGUCUCGAUAAAUAAUUCGGUAAAUAUUAACAAUUCUAUGGUAUUCAUUAUUAAUCCAGAAAAAGUAGAACUUCAACCUGGUUUAAUUGCCUUAGUAUCACUGAUGGCCUUAAUAUUAUUAAUUAUGACUGCUAUACUAUUAUUACCUAAAUCAAUUCAAGAUAACGUUUUUCAACUUGUAUUACAUCAGACACCAGAUCAAACUUUUAAUUAUAUCGAUGUAGGUCUGUACAAAACUAGACAUUCGAUAUAUCGUAAAGAAGUAUAUUCAUUAGCUAUGCAAGGCAAUCAAUCUAAAAAGAAAUUUGAAGCGCAUACAUUACUUAGUAGUAAUAAUAAUAUCAAUUCAAGUAGAUCCAAACAUAACAAUCAAUCAAAAGAAACAUCUACAAAACCUAUCAUUUCAUCAGUUUCAGUUUCAGAAAAUUACAAUAGACCUAAUCAGUGUUCGUCUUCAAGUUUAACAAGUAAACACUUAUUUCCUUUGGAUGAUUGGCAUCUUCAUAACCAAAGUUCACAAAUGAAAAACACAAAAUCAGUAAUGUUUACUGAAAAUUGCUGUUCUGAUGUUAAUAAUAAUGAUGAUAGCAGUUGUACAAAUUAUCGUGAAAAUAGUGAUAGUAAUAUUUUUGCAAGCAGUCGACGUAAUUCAACUCCAAAUGUAAUAAAUGAUACCUCUGUUUAUGCUUCAAUGGACAUAACAGCUUCUUUAUCACACAUAAGAUAUUCUCUGCCUUCAUGUUUCACUCAAAGUAAUCAAAGCAUCAAUUCUCCAAGGUCACUAACGUCACUAGCAAUUUCACCGAGUUCAAAACAGUUAUUAUCACUUAAUAAACGUGUACGGCUUCAACUUUCAGAUACUUUUAUUAACGGAUUCAAGUAGUGUUCACAGACGACGAUUACAAUCCAUAUUUAGACUAUGUAGCCAUCUGGUUAGGCACCUGGUGUGAUCAUCUAUGUGCAAAUAUGUACAUCUUAUUAAUCUGUAGACUAAUUCAGCAGCUCACACUUUGAUAGAAAAGUGUAAUUUGAUUAACUUUCAGGUAUUUCGACUUGACUGAUAGGGGAAUUGUGGAGCGAUGUCUUAAAUUUGGCCGUAACCCAGGUACUUUUCAGCAUAAUUCGUCAUUUCUAGACUUUUUUUUUGUUAAGUCAUUAAUUAUUUGAUUCUUUGUAAAUUAUCCCCCUUUUGUUCUUACAACAUGCGUAAAACACACUUUUU